CACGGUGCGUCUCCAUCAUGACGUCGCGAAUUAGCUGGAUUGUAGGAGAGAGGGGAGGAGGAGAGCGGAGGGAGUGAGCGGAUUCCGUUCCGUCGUUAAUGUGGAUCUUUUUUAUGUGUGGAUUUUUCUCGUUUCUUGUGUUUUUUUGUUUCAUUCCACGCGCUGCUUCAACACACAGAACCGACCGGACGCUGGAUUAGAGGGUUUGUUUACGUGGACCGGAUUGCAGAUUACAGCCAUAUUCUACAAGCCAUAGAACCCGCUGCAGAGAUGCAUUUUCUCUGGGAGUAAUCCGACAGCCCGGGCUCUCCCCAUCCCGCCUGGACGCGUCGAACCGACAAUUCAGAAAUGGCCUGGUUCUUGUUCCUGAUUGUCCUCAGCGCUCUCCCUGGGCUUGUCGUUCCAAUCCAUAAUUCAUCGUCUGGAGGCUGCGCCAUCAUCCGGCCUCCGAGGGACGGCGGGAUCCGCUACAGAGGCCUCACCCAGGAGCAGAUCCGCAGCGUUCAGAUCCUGCCUGUGGAUUACGAGAUAGAAUACAUCUGCAGAGGAAACCGGGUGAUCGUGGGCCCAAAGGUCAGGAAGUGUUUACCCAGCGGCACAUGGACGGACAUGACACAGCAGAGCAGAUGCCUGCUCCUGUGUCCGCGGGUCUGGACGUCUCUGGAGAACGGCCGCGUGACAGCGAGGCCUGCGGGGCCACCGGUGGAGGGGACGGUUCUGCACUACAGCUGCAACGCCGGCUUCAUCCUGGAGGGGAGGAACAGUAGCCAUUGCACCAAGCUGGGGAAGUGGGACGCUCCCAAACCCACCUGCCUCUAUGACAGAAACUACACAGAUGUUUGUCCCAAAGAGCACCAGACGAUGAGUGAAGCUCGACUUUUUAAAGCUUUUAGAACCUCCACAUUUAUGAAAAUAUCUUCAACCAUCAAACCAGACUAGAGCAGAAAGUCCAGAUCAGUAAAAAUUAUUUUAAAUCGAGUUGGAAGUAAAAAUCAAAAUAAAACCAACAGCUUCAGGUAUUUCUGGUUAGCAACAGUCAACAGAGACAAAAGUGUGGAACCAAGAAGGAGACAUAGUAUAUCAAAUUAAUGUGUUCAUCGCUGUGGUUUGUCCAUGAUGUCCUCCUCCGUCUAGCUGCCUGAAACAUAGAAACUUUAAUAAAAUGUUUGAAAAUGUUUUUUAAUUUGAUCAUGUCAGAGUCUAAAUGUCAUCAGUAGAGCAGGAAGUCAAAAUGUUGUCAGAAAUUUAUCACAAAUAUCCAGGAUGCUCAAAUUUAGAUAGAACUCCUCGUUUGGUCAAAGGCAUGCUGCAAUCUGCUUUUCACCACCAGAUGACAGGAGUGCUCUUUAACAACUGUGUUGUGUUCUUGGGAGCAGCAGAGCUCUGAUUAAAGAUGUGUGUAAAUCCUUUCACUGGCUGCAGGAGAGGAAAACUUAUUCUAAUGAAACUGUUUUCAACCGAGAGGAACCAGAUUCCUCCUGAAGCUCUGACAGAAAAGGGCCUGGAUGGUGGAAAACGCCUCUAAUUCCCAACCAGCCCAUUACAUCAGGGACUUUAGUGUUCUACAAAACACUUCACAAAUCCUCCCAGUAUCGCUCAGAAGAUUAAAAGUAAUUUGUUCAUUAGUGGAGGAGAAUUUCUGAUCCAAAUAAAUGAAUUCCUGCAUACUUUAAUUAGAAUUGUAACAUUUUAAUGGGAACAGAAAGAACUCCUUUUAGACUGGUGUUAAUCUUCGUAGCUGAUCCAAUUUAGACUUUGGGUUUGUUUAACUUCAGACCGGGACCCGCAUUAACCUCAGCAUGCAGAAGUGAGUCUUCUCAAUAAGAGUCACUCUGUCACACCCCGUCUUGUCUCCCCAUUCUGUUUAGUCAUGUGUCUCUGUUAAUUGCUCCCACCUGCCUCUCGUUUUCCAAUCACCCAAGCUCCCAGCCCUCAUGUAUUUAAACCCCUUCAGUCCUGUGUUUCUUGUUGGUUCAUUGUUUGUAUGUCCUGCGUGCUUGAUAUUAAAACUAUUGUAAAACCAA